UGCGAAGGAGUAGUAGGAGGCGGAGUGAAGAAUCUGUCAAAUAGAGGUUCAAAACAAAACGGACAAUAAAUUGCAUCGCAAAUCGCGUUCUUCUCACACCCAGUGAAAACGUGAAACAUCAGGAUGCCGAAAAUAUUUACCCCCACGAAUCAAAUCCGGCUCACGAAUGUGGCCGUAGUGCGGAUCAAAAAAGGUGGCAAACGAUUCGAAAUAGCUUGCUACAAAAACAAAGUGGUAUCGUGGCGAACCGGAGCGGAAAAGGACCUGGACGAAGUGCUGCAAACCGGAUCAGUAUUCACAAACGUUUCCAAGGGUGAGGUGGCCAAAAAAGAAGAUCUGCUGAAAGCAUUUGGAAAGGAUGAUGUCAUCGAAAUUUGCAAGGAAAUUCUGACCAAGGGUGAGUUGCAGAUAUCCGAAAAGGAGCGACACGACCAGCUGGAAUCAAUGUUCAAGGAAAUUGCUACCAAUGUGGCCGACCGUUGCGUCAAUCCGGAAACGAAGCGACCCUACCCGGUUUCUAUCAUCGAAAAAUCCAUGAAGGAUAUUCACUAUUCGAUCAAGCCGAAUCGAAAUGCGAAGCAGCAAGCACUCGAGGUGAUAAAACUGCUACAGGAGACAAUUCCGCUUGAGAGAGCCAAGAUGCGUUUGAAGGUCACGCUACCGGGGAAGGAUGCCAAGCGGCUGAAGGACAAGGUCACCAAGCUGUGCUCCCCGGUGGAAGCUGAGGACUGGGAAGGGGAUAAGCUGGUGCUGACUUGUUUGAUCAAUCCGGGCCACUAUCGGGAGAUGGACGAAAUCGUUCGGACGGACACGAAGGGGGCCGGAAAUUUGGAAGUGCUGAAUCUGAAGGAAAUUAAGGAGGGCGAGGAGGUUCUGGAGUAGAUGUGGAAAUUAAAUAUGUUCGUUUUUUUGUUGGAUUUGAAUAAAACUAUUUAAUACUGUAUUUUUCUGUUAUAUUUGAUAGCAGAGCAAAUGAUAA